AGUGGACGUCAAAAGUGGUCAAAAUUGAAAACCAAAAAAACUGUUUAAAACGACAAUGACAUAACGUUAAUAGAAGUUGAACGAAAUUUAAAUUACUCCUUUAUUAUGAAUUGAAUAUUUAAUCUAUCGACUUGAAGCAACCACAUUAAUUAUAAUGAAUAUACAGUGCAUUAUAUGCAGCGAUCUAUUUCUACCCUCAUCUGAAAUAUAUUCAACAAAAUGUGGCCACAUGUUUCACUAUGUUUGUUUGGUGCAAUGGAUGGACAGGUCCAAAACUUGCCCUCAGUGCAGGCAAAAAUGCACAGACAAAUGUAUACAUCGUAUAUAUGUAAAUUUGCAGACAACAGAAGGGAUUUCUGAAGAUAUUGGCACCUUGCAGAAUAGAGUUGAUAGUUUACAGUUUCAAGUGAAGCUCAAAGAUCUGGAUAUUAAGAAGUAUACAGAGCAAGCAUCAAAGUACAAAUCACAAAAUGCUGGAUUGAGAAAGGAAUUAACAGACUUGGAGAACAAAGUUCGAACAUUAGAAUCUGUGAUAAGGGCACUUAAGGAACAGGUGCAGUUUUUCAAAGAUAAAUCAAGGGAAAAUGAUAGAGUCAAUGAUGAGAUGUUGAGACUGAAGGAGAGGCUCAAAGCGAUGGAAAAUACUCAGGUGGCUUUGUAUGGGAGCACGGAUCAGGUGAAUGAAAUGUUGAGACAUAACAACAAUCCUGAAUCACUUACCAUCUUGGUUUCCACACUUAAAAGAGAGCUGCAGGAAACUGAUAGAAACAGGAAAAUAACGUUGAGUAAACUGCAAAUGCUGCAGAAGACGCAUCAUCAGAUUAAGAAGGAGAAUGAGGCUUUGAAAAAUAAUAACAAAAUCUUGGCAUCCGAUAUUGAGGUGCAUAAAAAUUGCGAAAGCGAACGAAAGUAUUUGAAAGGAAAGAUAUUGGAGUUGAAGAACAAAAUUGAUUUGAACAGGAGCGUAUCUCAUACACCGGAUAGAAGUGUUCAAAGGAUCAUAGCCGAAAGUCCGGCGCCUCAGCAAAUUAACUUGAACGAUGCGGUUGACAUAAUAGAUCUUAGCAAUAUUGAAUCGCCAACUGUGAACGAACGAGUUAAACAAAUCAUGGAUUCAGAUUCGCCGUAUUUGCCCGUAAAAUCUAAUACCGUCGGUCUGAUGAAUGCAAAGUUUUCUAUUGCGAAUGGACCGUCGACUAGUCAGAAACCCAUCUCAGUACCUGCCAAUAAGUUCUCAAUAUUCAAAGGGGGAAUGCCAAAGACCGAUACGCUCAAAGUUUCGAAACCAGAGUACAAUUACAAUGGGUUAGGUGGACACAGCAAAGAAGACAUCUUCCCCAGUCCGAUAAGAGCAAGCGUGCCAUUGAAGCGAAUCAAGUCAAACUCCAUCAUUUCAAGCAGCAAAUUCAGAAAAUUGAGUGCAAACAAAAAGGUUUAAGAACAUAUACACAUCAUUUUACAUAUUUAAUUUAUAAUUUAUUUACCAAUAAAUGCAAUAUUGCAAUAGA